UCAAAUGCAACAUAGCGGGAAUUCCCUUCAUGGUGGGAUGCAACACAUUUUGAAGUCUGGGAGAUAUUUUUACGAACUUCCAAAAAAAGGCACAAGAAUCGUUCAGUUUGAGGCUAUGAGCAAAUCAAAAUACUUUUUACCAACGAGAUUAACUAGAUCCACUUGUAUGACAAAAGGCAUUAAGGAUGCUAACACCUCCAAACCUAACACUGGGGUCAGUCAUACUGGGAAAGCCCAGUCAAAAGUUACUGCAAGUAGUGACGAUUCUAAAACGUUAAGUAGCAAAUUAAGAAGGAAAAGAGAACACAUUGAAAUAAAGAUCGAAACAAAUGAUGUUUAUAGCGAUAGAGUUAAUGUUUUGCAUUCCACUGUAAAGACUGAAGAACAAAAAUUGAACAAGGAGACAGAAGUUGGUCACAUUGGAGAUGUUCAGAAUAUUUGGUUCCCCCCAAUGUGGAAACAGCAGCUAGAUAACAUCUUUGAAAUGAGGAAAGCAUGGGAUGCUCCAGUUGACACAAUGGGAUGUGAUGUAAUCAGUGAUGAGAAAGCUAAACCAGAGGUCUACAGAUAUCAAGUAUUACUCUCUCUGAUGCUGUCAAGUCAGACCAAAGACCAGAUCACAUCUGCAGCAAUGGCCAAACUGAGAUCACAUGGUUGUACCAAUGAAAACAUUCUCUCUACCUCUGAUAAAGUAUUGGGGGAGCUUAUCUACCCUGUUGGCUUCUGGAAGAGGAAAGUGGAAUAUAUAAAGAAAACCAGUGAGAUACUUAAAACACAGUAUAAAGGUGACAUUCCUACCACUGUUCAAGACCUGUGUAAACUACCAGGGGUUGGCCCCAAGAUGGCUUAUUUGGUUAUGAAAUGUGCAUGGAACCAAAUAGAAGGCAUAGGAGUUGAUACACAUGUACAUAGAAUCUCUAAUCGACUUGGAUGGGUGAAGAAGACAACAAAACAACCUGAGGACACAAGAAAGGCACUUGAAGACUGGCUGCCAAGAGAGUACUGGACAGAUAUUAACCAUCUGUUGGUAGGAUUUGGGCAGCAGACAUGCCUACCUGUUAACCCAAAGUGUUCGGAAUGCCUCAACAAAGACAUCUGUCCAUUUGGAAGGUCAGAGCUGAGGUAUAGCAAACCAAAGAAAAUCAAGAAAGAACCACCAAGUGAUGAUCAUACAUGACUUUGAUACACCUCAGUGACUUAUCAGGACUCUGUCAUAUGCAUUUUUAGCUCACCUGUCACAUAGUGACAAGGUGAGCUUUUGUGAUCACCCUUCGUCUGUCGUCAGUCCGUGCAUGUGUCCGUCAACAGUUUCUUGUCUGCACGAUAGUGGUUUCAUUUAUGAUUUUAUUUUAACCAAACUUGCACACAACUUGUAUCACCAUAAGAUCUCAGUUCCUUUCUUGAACUGGCAAGAUCCUGUUAUGGGUUCCAGAGUUACGGCCCCUGGAAGGGCCAAAAUUAGCUAUUUUGACCUUGUCUGCACAAUAGCAGCUUUAUUUAUGAUUUGAUUUUUACCAAACUUGCACACAUCUUGUAUCACCAUAAGAUCUUGGUUCCUUUCUGGAACUGGCAAGAUUCCUUCAUGGGUUCCAGAGUUAUGGCCCCUGAAGGGGUCAGAAUUAGCUAUUUUGACCUUGUCUGCACAAUAGCAACUUCAUUUAUGAUUUGAUUUUAACCAAACUUGCACAAAAUUUGUGUUACCAUAAGAUCUUGGUUCCUUUCUUGAACCGGCCAGAUCCCUUAAUGGGUUCCAGAGUUAUGGCCCCUGAUAGGGUCGGAAUUAGCUAUUUUGACCUUGUCUACACAAUAGCAGCUUCAUUUAUAAUUUGAAUUUAAUCAAACUUGCACAAAACUUGUGUCACCAAAAGAUCUUGGUUCCAUUCUUGAACCGGCCAGAUCCCGUAAUGGGUUCCAGAGUUAUGGGCCCUGAAAGGGCCAAAAUUGGCUAUUUUGACCUUGUCUGCACAAUAGCAGCUUCAUUUAUAAUUUGAUUUUAACCAAACUUGCACACAACUUGUAUCACUAUAAGAUCUCGAUUCUUUUUUAUACGCUCGCAGGGACGUAUUAUGUUAUUGCCUCGGUGUCCAUCUGUCUGUCUGUGUGUUGGUUAGCAAUUUCCCUUCCGCUCUGUAACUCUUGAACCCUUUGAUGGAUUUCGGAGAAACCUGACACAAAUGUUCACUGAUUGAAAGGAUGUGCAGAGCGCAUGUUUCGGAUGGCUAAAUUCAAUGUCAAGGUCACACUUAGGGGUCAAAGGUCAUAUGACUUUGUUUUAUGUGAAUAUUGCUCUGCAUUUGCGUUGCAUUGCAGUGCUCGUUUUUAUUUGGCAGAUCCUUCUUUUGUUUGCUUACAAUUUUUUUUUUAUUACUUCCCUUUUAUGUUACUAUAAAUACCUUAUUUAGUAACUUUUUUAUUACUGGCCGUAGGGAAAAUCUGAAACCACUUUUCUGUGGUACAACAUUGGUACCUCCAAUUUUUAGGUGUAUUUUGACAUAUCUGUACCUUGUAAGAAUUUUUUCUUUUUGUUUUUAGUUAAAGCAAUGGUACUCAGGUGAGCGAUAUAGGGCCAUCAUGGCCCUCUUGUUGUAAUGGUGUAGAUUGUACAAUUUUCGAGCAACUUUUAUUUUGCAUUGUAAUAAAUACUGUAGACUUUUUAGGUUGUUAAGAAUUCACACAAAGUAGUUUGUGCUACUUUCAGAGAUGAGGCUGCUGAAUAUUCACAUGCAUUUUGGACUGACUUGUCAGUGUUUGCCAAGUUUAACAAAACUAUACCCAUCGUCAAAGUUACCAAAUGCAGUAUACAAGGUUCUGACUUUAGAAAUCUGAGCUUGCAGACUAGUCUGAAUGCUACAAUGCAAUAGGUCAGAUAAUACUCAGAUUUGCUCGAGUAUUGAAACAGGACUCCCCACUUUUACCGUGCUUAUUCUUUGGUUUUGAAAAUCUGUACGUUUUUACACAACUUCGAGUGCUCUUCAUUCAUGGAAUACGUCUUUCUCGGGCUUCUUUAGAAUGACGUAAAUUUAUAAAGUAUUAUCUUACAUAAGGCAAAACAUUGUAACAGAAAAGAUGGAUCAAACACUUGAAGUCUUGAGAUGUGAAUUUUGUCAGUUCAUGGUAUAAAAUAUAAGGACAACAAAUUGUAUGCUAUAAACUUUUUAUAUUUUCAAGGAGUACAAAAUAAAGCAAAUGUAUCUGUUGUAUCAAAAUACAGAAAAUAAAACAAUACGGCAACUAAUGGCAAAACAUUGUACAGUGAUACAGUGAAAAUAAAAUGUGACAUGGA